CCCCCAAUUCUUUCACUCUCUUCACUCAACUAUUGCACCUUCUUCAAUUUUCAUGCUCUUCUUCUUCUUCUGAUUCUUUGUUAAGAUCGAAAAAUGAAGGAUUCUGAGAAAUGUUCCAACUCAAACGCUAUUGAAUCCGAUGUUUCUCAAGGGUUAGAAGCUAGAAAAGUUGGGCAGAAUAGAAGAGCUUUGGGGGUGAUUAACCAUAAUAUGAUUCCUAACAAGAGGGCUGUAUCAGAAAGAAAUGAAGUUUGUGAAAAGAAACAAGGGGAUCCGGUGCAUCGACCCAUCACUAGGAGGUUUGCUGCGAAAAUUGCUAGCACGCAAAAACUUAAGGCGGCUGAGGGGACGACGAAAAGGUCAAACUUGACUAGUUCGAAUGGAUUUGGAGAUUGUAUAUUUGUUGAUGAUGAGCAUAAGCUGGCGGAGGACCAGCCUGUGCCAAUGGCUUUAGAGAAAACUGAACCUAUGCGAAAUGAGUCAGAUGAGAUGGAUGAAGUUGAGAUGGAGGAUAUGAUGGAUGAGCCUGUUAUGGACAUUGACAUCUCUGAUGCAAAUGACCCUCUUGCAGUUUCUGAAUAUAUUGAUGAUCUUUAUGCUUACUACAGAAAAGUUGAGAGUACUGGCUGUGUCUCACCAAAUUAUAUGGCUGAUCAAUUCGACAUUAAUGAAAGAAUGAGGGCCAUACUGAUUGAUUGGCUUGUUGAGGUGCACGACAAAUUUGACCUGGUUCAUGAGACAUUGUUUCUCACAGUUAAUCUUAUAGACAGAUUUUUGGAAAAGCAGUCAGUGGUUAGAAAGAAGCUUCAGCUGGUUGGUCUAGUGGCAAUGCUUUUGGCAUGCAAGUAUGAGGAAGUUUCUGUGCCUGUGGUUGGAGAUCUAAUUCUAAUAUCAGACAGAGCAUACAGUAGGAAAGAAGUUCUUGAAAUGGAGAAGUUGAUGGUCAACACAUUGAAGUUUAACAUAUCUGUGCCAACAGCAUAUGUUUUCAUUAGAAGGUUCCUAAAGGCAGCUCAAGCAGACAGAAAACUUGAGCUGCUAGCUUUCUUCUUGGUAGAGCUAUCUCUAGUAGAAUAUGCAAUGUUGAAGUUCCCUCCUUCUCAGCUAGCUGCAGCUGCUGUCUAUACCGCUCAAUGUGCUACCAAUGGUUUCAAACAGUGGAGUAAGACAUGUGAAUGGCACACCAACUACUCAGAAGAUCAACUAUUAGAGUGCUCUAGUUUAAUGGUUGAUUUUCACAAGAAGGCUGGGACAGGGAAACUUACAGGGGCACAUCGGAAGUAUUGCACAUCAAAAUUUAUCUUUACUGCAAAAUGUGAACCAGCAAGUUUUCUUCUAGAGAACUAGUUGUAGCAGGGCUAUAUAUAGCUUAGCUACUAAUAAUUAUUUAUUACAAACAUUUAACUUUCAUAUAAUUGAGUUACGGACGUGAUGUGACCAACUUGUUGGGUUGCAUUGCAAUGGGAAAUUCCCUUUAAUAUAAUUGAGUUAAGGAUGGAUGGGUGAUGUGAGCAACUUGUUGGGUUGCAUUGCAAUGGAAAAUCCCCUGCUCGGUGUUUUAACUUAUUUGUUCUCAAGUUACUCUCUGUAAUGUUCUGAUUGAACAUAAUUUACAUUUUACAUCUGUACUUCUGAUGUUCCCAUUGAACAUAAUAAUGGAAAUAUAUAGAAAUUUCUUAGUAAA